CCGUUUCUUCUUUUUUCAGGUCCUCAUGCCAAUGCUAACAGACAUCAUGUGCACAACGAGCUGAAGAUGCUGGAGCGCUUCGGGGGAAAAAGCUUUGUGAUUAAAUAUGAAUGCUCAUUGAAGCAAGGGAAUUCUGAUUGUCUUGUUUUGGAGCAUGUUGAACACGAUCGACCUGAGGUCUUGAAGAGAGAAAUAGAUAUUUAUCAGCUCCAGUGGUAUGGCUUUUGUAUGUUCAAAGCCCUUGCUGGUCUACAUAAGCAGGGGAUUGUUCACAGAGAUGUUAAACCCGGCAACUUUCUUUUCUCCCGAAAGGUCAACAAGGGUUAUCUCAUUGAUUUUAAUCUUGCAUUGGAUUUGCACCAGAAAUAUGGGACCACUGGUGAUAAUUCCAAAGCGGGCCAUACUGUGAGCUUUGAUCACAUUCCGCUUCCCCACACCAAAUCUCUACCAUCUGCAAGAAAUAGAAAGCUUAUAAAUUCAAAAGUUUCACAAGUAGUCAAUCAGGAUGCAGGAAAAAGCUCCAAGUCCCUUUUAUUACCUAGGAACCUGAAAAGAAAGUUUGGUCAGGAAAAGAUUUAUACCGACUCUGGCAGUAGAAAUAUCAUCAAAAGCCAAGGCGCUGAUGCGUCUGGGAUAACCUCUGCAAAGGAUGCAACAAGCACAAGAACUCCGUCUGCAGAAAAGUUGAGAGAACCCAUACCAAGCCAAGGAAGGAAGGAAUUGAUUAGCCUGGUUCAGGAGGCACUGCAUGGUGCAAAUCAGAUAUCAGUUAAUGUUCCUAUUUCUAAGAGAAAGAGAGUUGCUGCACCUCCUGGAGAAGUGGACAGCAAAUUCUUUUAUCCAACUCCAAUGCCUCUGCAUGCAACUGGAAUUGCUAUUGGUGGUGCUGGAUUACUAAAAAGUAAAGGUAUGUCAGUCAUUUUUUAAGUAUUUUUCAGUUGAAUCUUUCUUGUAAAUUUGAUGCAGGAUAGAGAAGAGGGCUGCAAGAAGGGGGGGGGGGGGGGGCCCCC